ACUGAGAGGCGAUGUGAACGGAGAUUGUUUAACGGGAACAUUGUCGAAGACGUCGCUUCCAUUUAUUUAUAAUGCCCAUUGAACGCUGCGGUUCGCUCCGAUCCUUUACUGUCGGUUCAUGAACUUAUCAAUUCAAAUUACCUCCCAGUCCCAUCAUGAUCGACCGCUGCUGAUUCGGACUUGUGGGCUGCAAAUUAACAGUUGUACAAAGAUAUCAAUGUUCAGCGACUCGAGAUGCUGGAAUCUGGAGCAAAAUAACAAACUGCGGCAGGAACUCAGUGGGUUGAUCAGCACCGGUGGAGGGAAAUUAAUUGUUUACGUUUCGGGUCGAGAUGCAUCAGGACUGAGAUUUUUUUUUAAUUUUCAGGUUUUAGAUAGAAACGCCUUCUGAUGUGAAGCGAACUCAAAUGCGCAGUUGUUGGCUAUUCUGGAGAAAGGAUUGCUACGAAGACUUUCUCCGGGAUUAAUGCAUAGGGAAGGAAAUGGAAGACGGUGAAAGUGGUCACAAGGACAUGCCGGGGACGGGAGAAGGACGAGGAAUAGCGACACUGAAGCAGAAGUGGCAGAAAUGGGCUGGUGACCACAGGGAAUAUCAGAGGAGCAAUCCUUUCAGUGGCUCCCAUGUGGCGUCGUCUUUGGAACAGUGCAAAGCUGGAGAGGAAUAUGGGCGUCCGAAAAACGGAUCUAAAACCGAGCAACGGGGCAGGGAUGCGCAUCGCCUGGUUGGUAGAGAAAUCGAAGAAUUGCUUGACAUUAUUAAAAGGAACGGAGAAAGCGGUCCAGAUGGAAACAUUUGCGUGACGUUUGGCAGGUUGUUCGAUGCCUAUGUGACAAUCUCCAAUAAAGUUGUGGGGCUCCUCUUGCGAGCGAGGAAACACGGUCUAAUUCGUUUUGAUGGUGAAAUGCUUUGGCAAGGAAGGGACGAUCAUGUUCUCAUCACACUGGUGGAAUGAAAAUAGGCUCCCUUUAGUCGUUAGGAAUUGAGGCCGUGUGGGGUUUCGCUGUUGACAGUUUGGUUUGGAGAUACAGUAUCAGUUGUUUCCAAACCUGGGACUUGCAGCUCUCUGGUGUAUAACAGUGAAUUUGCACUUAUUGUAAGCAUUAAGAGUGUCACUGAAACCUACAAACUGUAAAAGUUAGCAGCAGCUUGAAGCUCCACUGCUUACUGUACCGAUUUAACGAGAAAUGUUGACAACUGGUCAAGAAAAAAUGGAAGUGUCAACUACAAUUUUAUGUCAGGUAAUGAGGAUUUACAUUUGGUUUGUUUUGGGUAAUCGACGUAACUUUGCUAUACCUGAAUUGAGAAUUGAGAUGGGGGUUUUUAAAUCUCGGUAUGUUUAUUUUUGACUCGCGAAAAACAUUAAAAGGUGUAUCAAACUGAAAGGAAAUGCAUGUCAGACGGAAACCUCUUUCCGAUCUAUUCUGCCAACACGACAGCUUUACAUUCACUAGAAUUUGCGGAGGAUUAAUUUAAUAAAACAAAUGUAAAGCUAAUUUAAUGGAGACAAAAGUAAAUGUCCGUUUACAUCGAGUUCAACAUUGUGGGAAUUAAGGGCCCGAGACACAGAUUUAAUACUUGCCUCAAAGCAUUAACUAAAAUUCUAUCAGUAUCAGGCUAGAAUUUCGACUUAUUGUGUGUCUCUGUGUCUCUGAUUAUAAAUCUCCAAUGAAAGUGGCAAUAAAAUAAUACGCUUUUUUUUCUA